UUAAGCUGGGAUCACUUAGAGCUCAGAAAGAAAUACAUGUCAUCAAUAGAUGUCAUCAGAAAUACAUGUGAAGGUUAUGUGUCUAAUUAUUGCAGACAUUUAAUGACUUUUUAUUGACUCUCCCUCUAAUCUGUAUUUUUUUAAAAUUAUUUCCCAGAUCGUGCUGGAGGCAAUUGUCUCCAAGGAGCGUCGAGGCCACAUCGCCAUUGACGACAUCAUGAUUUUGAACUACCCUUGCUAUAAAGCCCCCCACUUCUCUCGGCUUGGGGACAUGGAGGUCAACGUGGGACAGAACGCCUCGUUUCAGUGUGUGGCAGCCGGACGGCCCUCGGACACGGAGACCUUCCUGCUGGAGCGCCACAACGGCAAAGUGACCAGCACCACGGCGGUCAAGCACCUGAACUACCGGCGCUUCGUGGCCUCCUUCCAGCUGGAGAACGUCCAGAAGCCGGAGCAGGACCUGUACCGCUGCAUCGCCCUCUCGGCCCGCGGCGCCGGGGUCUCCAACUACGCGGAGCUGCUCGUCAAAGUUCCCCCGUCUCCCAUCGCCCCGCCUCAGCUGCUGAGGGCCGGCUCCACCUACCUGAUCAUCCAGCUCAACACCAACUCCAUCCUGGGCGACGGACCGAUCAUACGGCGGGAGAUCGAGUUCCGCGCCAGCCACCUGCCCUUCUCGGAGAUCAACGGGGUCAACAUGGUGACCUACAAGCUGUGGCACCUGGACCCGGACACGGAGUACCAGAUCAGCGUCAUGCUGACCCGGCCCGGGGAGGGGGGUACCGGACCGCCUGGGCCACCACUCAUCAGCAGGACCAAGUGUGCAGAGCCCAUGCGUGCCCUGAGGGGUCUAACGGCGUCGGACAUCCAGCCUCGGCAGCUGACGCUGCAGUGGGAGGCGGUGGCCUUCAACGUCACCCGCUGCCACACCUACUCCGUAUCCCUCUGCUACCACUACUCCCUGGGCACCACCACCACCACCAGCACGACUGGCACCGCCGGGACUGGCGCCACUGGAGCCGGGGCAUCAGCCGGAGCUGGAGCUGGAGCUGGAGCUGGAACUGGAGCUGGGGUACCUCCAAUUGGCCCUGGUGCUGGUGGGGGUGCCGCGGGUCCGGGCAUGGCUGUACCAGGCGGAGGUCACGGCAACAGUAACAUCAACGUCACCACGGUGAGAGAAUGUCUGCCCGUGGAGCGUAACACCUCCCGCAUCACCCUGAGGGACCUGCCCCCGUACCACACCGUCUACACGCGGCUGGUGCUGGCCAACACCGAGGGCAAGAAGGAGGGACGUGAAGUGGUUUUCCAGACGGAAGAGGACAUUCCUGGUGGCAUCGCCCCUGAGUCCCUGACUUUCACGCCAUUGGAGGACAUGAUUUUCAUGAAGUGGGAGGAGCCAGUGGAGCCCAAUGGUCUAAUCACUCAGUAUGAGAUCAGCUACCAGAGCAUCGAGUCCACAGACCCCAGUGUGAACGUGCCAGGCCCCAGGCGCACGGUGUCCAAACUGAGGAAUGAGACCUACCACAUGUUCUCCAACCUCCACCCAGGCACCACCUACCUCAUCUCUGUCCGCGCCCGCACUGCCAAGGGCUUUGGGCAGACGGCCCUGACGGAAAUCACCACCAACAUCUCUGCCCCCACCUUUGACUAUGGGGACAUGCCGUCUCCCUUGAGUGAGACUGAGAGCACCAUCACUGUCCUGCUGAGACCAGCCCAGGGUAGAGGAGCACCUGUCAGCACAUACCAGGUGGUGGUGGAGGAGGAGCUGGUGCGGCGCGUGCGUCGCGAGAUGGGCCCCCAGGAGUGCUUCCCGCUGCCCACCACCCACGGCGAGGCGCAGGCACGCGGGGCGCCCACCUACUACACCGCCGAGCUGCCGCCCAGCAACCUGAGCGAGGCGCGCUACUUCACCGUGGGCGACAACCACACCUACAACGGCUACUGGAACACGCCCCUCGACCCCAGGAAGAACUACCUCAUCUACUUCCAGGCCAUGAGCAACUUCAGAGGGGAUACCAGGAUCAACUGUGUCCGCAUUGCUCGCAAAGCGGCGUGCAAGGACCACCGGCGGGCCCUGGAGGUGUCUCAGCACUCGGAGGAGAUGGGGCUGAUCCUGGGGGUGUGUGCCGGGGGCCUGGUGGUUCUCAUCCUGCUCCUGGGAGCCAUUAUCAUCAUCAUCAAGAAGGGAAGGGAUUACUACUCUUACUCUUAUUAUCCGAAGCCCGGGAACAUGAAUAAGACACCCAUCACCUACCGGCAGGAGAAGAACCACAUGAUUGGCUCGAUGGAGCGCAGUUUCACCGACCAGAGCACGCUGCAAGAGGACGAACGCAUGGCUCUCUCUUUCAUGGACGCACACACCUGCAGCACACGCAGCGAUCCCCGCAGCUGUAUGAACGAGUCCAGCAGCCUGCUGGGGGGGUCUCCGCGGCGGCAGUGCGGGGGCCGCAAGGGCUCUCCCUACCACACGGGGCAGCUGCACCCCGCUGUGCGCGUGGCCGACCUGCUGCAGCACAUCAACCAGAUGAAGACUGCUGAGGGCUACGGCUUCAAGCAGGAGUACGAGAGCUUUUUCGAAGGCUGGGAUGUGACCAAGAAGAAAGACAAGACCAAAGGCAGACAGGACACGUUAAUGGGAUGUAAGUCAGCCAUUUGUCAAGAGGAUGAUCGCCACAGGGUAAAGCUACAUCCUUUGCUGGGGGACCCCAAUUCAGACUACAUCAAUGCCAACUACAUAGACGGCUAUCAUCGAUCCAACCACUUCAUUGCCACUCAGGGUCCUAAGCAGGAGACGGUGUAUGACUUCUGGAGGAUGGUUUGGCAAGAGAACUGCUUCAGCAUCGUCAUGAUCACCAAGCUCGUCGAGGUGGGCAGGGUGAAGUGCUGUAAAUACUGGCCGGAUGACAGUGAGCUGUACGGGGACAUCAAGAUCACGCUCCUGAAGACCGAGACCCUGGCAGAGUACACUGUACGCACCUUCAGCCUGGAGAGGAGAGGCUACUCGGCGAAGCAUGAGGUGCGCCAGUUCCACUUCACGUCCUGGCCGGAGCACGGGGUUCCCUACCACGCCACCGGGCUGCUGGCCUUCAUCCGCAGGGUCAAGGCCUCCACCCCGCCCGACGCAGGGCCUGUGGUGGUUCACUGCAGUAUGGGAGCAGGCCGCACUGGCUGCUACAUAGUGCUGGACGUGAUGCUGGACAUGGCGGAGUGCGAGGGGGUCGUCGACAUUUACAACUGUGUCAAAACACUCUGUUCACGACGCAUCAACAUGAUACAGACAGAGGAGCAGUACAUAUUUAUCCAUGACGCCAUCCUGGAGGCUUGUUUGUGUGGGGAGACGGCCAUCCUGGUGAAUGAGUUUGCUCCCACCUACACGGAGCUGCUGCGGGUGGACUCCCAGAGCAACUCCUCACAGCUGCGCGAGGAGUUUCAGACGCUGAACUCGGUCACCCCGCACCUGGACGUGGAGGAGUGCAGCAUCGCGCUGUUGCCGCGCAACCGGGAGAAGAACCGCAGCAUGGACGUGCUGCCGCCGGACCGCGCGCUGGCCUUCCUGGUCACCACGGAGGGGGAGAGCAACAACUACAUCAACGCGGCGCUGGCCGACAGCUUCCACCAGCAGGCCGCCCUGGUGGUCACGCCGCACCCGCUGCCCGGCACCACCGCCGACUUCUGGAGGCUGGUCUUCGACUACGGCUGCACUGCCGUGGUCAUGCUCAACCAGCUCAACCAGUCCAACUCCGCAUGGCCGUGUGUGCAGUAUUGGCCAGAGCCCGGUAUGCAGCAGUACGGCCCCAUGCAGGUGGAGUUCCUCUCCGUCUCGGCCGACGAUGAUGUCAUCACGCGCAUCUUUAGGGUCAAGAACGUCACAAGGCUCCAGGAGGGUCAGCUGGUGGUGUGCCAGUUCCAGUUCCUGCGCUGGUCUGCGUACCGCGACGUGCCCGACUCCAAGAAGUCCUUCCUCAACCUGCUGGCCCACGUGCACAAGUGGCAGAGGGAGUGUGGAGACGGACGCACCGUCGUACACUGCCUUAAUGGCGGUGGGCGAUGCGGUACCUUCUGCGCCGCCACCAUCCUGCUGGAGAUGAUCCAGUACCAGAACAUGGUGGACGUCUUCUACGCCGUCAAGACCCUGCGCAACGCCAAGCCCAACAUGGUCGAGUCCCUGGACCAGUACCGGUUCUGCUAUGACCUGGUGAUGGAGUACCUGGACUGCAUGGAAGUCAGAUAGCCGGGCUGAUCCACCACGUGCACAGUAGUGUGUAUGGGGAAUUGCCCCUGCCUCUCUCCUGUAACCCCGUAACUCCCACCCAGCCUCAUCAUAUCACACACACCUGCACCUCCAACCUGACACUCCCGAGCCAUCACCCCCUCUCCCCCUAACCUCUAGCCACGCUGAUUCGUGUGCACCACAGUGGAUGAGGAAUGCCUCUGGUAACCCCUACACCCUUCUACCCCCCCA